AUCGUACCUAGCGGAAGGCGCCAAAACUGCGGAUGUCAUGUAUUACUACGGUAAUGCUAGGGUAAAUCGUAAAAAUCGUAAAAAUCCAAAUCGUAAAUGUCGGCCACACUACCUCUUGCUUGUUCUAACAUGAUAUUGCUAGUACAUAACAGGGGUUAGAAAAAAGCCGUAGGCGUAGCACUGACUCUGGCUGGAAAGUAAGUCGACAGUCAUCAACCUCCCCUUCGUCGCACACGAUCAUCUCCUAGCUUCUUCAAUGGGAUAAUGGAACAGUCGCAAUCAAUUCGAAUUCCUACAUUCUUCAGAAGUGCUCCUCAACCACCUUUAUUAGUGCUCCUGUUAUCGUCGAGUUGCAGAAGGCGCAGGGGUUUAAGCAUAUACUCGCUGCUGCAGGUGACCUCGGGAGGGAUUGCUUGCCCCGUGUCGGAGCGACGUUAGAUUAAGGCUUGUUCUUGUCAUGAUUAAAUUCUAAUUCAUCUUACUUACUAUUAAUUACUUGGGAACGAAUCACAAUCAUCAUCUUGGAAGGGUUUUGUAAUGAAAAAAUAGGAUGUUGGAGGGGUUUUGACCAUCAAGAUGCCUUCGAAGAUUCUCUGUUUUCAAUUUCAUCUUCAGGAUGAUAAUCAAUACGGGAGGUAACAUCAAGCUCAAGCAGGUUUUUAUUUAUUUCUAAUGAGACGUUCAGCCAAUUUCGGAGAUCACGGAAGUAAUCGAUGCAACUACUUUUAAGCGGCCUAUGUAUGCUGGGAAUGCCAUUGCCACUGUUCAGAGCACUGAUCCAGUAGUCAUUGCCACAGUGAGACCGACUGCUUUCGAACCGGCUGAAGCAGGAGGUACUUCUUCUACUUACUGGUUAAAAAAAGUACCAAAAAAAGCUCCAGAAAAUGCGGCUCUACAACUGAGUUGUAGAGUAUUAUUUCCUUUUUUCCUUCAUCAUCCUCGGAGACGAGCAGCGGGUGCCUGUGGGGCUCGUUGUGAAGGAUCCAUAACCUAACCGAGCCUCCUUACUGCAUUGUUCUUGUCUUGUUCAUCUUCCUACUCUCAACUCUGUCUUCAGCUGCAUCCGGUACAACCAUUGAAACGGUCACUGUCCCCUCCUCUGGAAUCAGCGAGUUUGUCAGCGAAUCUGUCAAAACGGACGACAAUUAUGGCUAUUUUUAGUUAAAAUAGUACGAUAAGUACAACGUUAACGUUUCUCCGGCAACAUCAACUGACAACAUUGAUUCGUUUUUUGAAUGUACUAUAUCAUGAUUAUGAUUUUAAAUUUGAUGUUCAACAUCUAGUACUAGUAGUACUUUUAUAUAUAAAUCCACUUUUUCUCGCACUAGUAGUACUCGCACGAGUAGGGUUCUUUUAUGCAGGUUCUUACAUAUUGACAUUCGUCGUUGUCUUUAAAAAUGCUACCUGUCUGACAUGUAAAAAAAACUUCUUCAUCCACUUCUACUCCCCUCUACCACUUGUACUCCCCUCCACCACGUCUAAUACAAGCCUCAACUAGGCUCAGCGAAGGUCGUCGUUUCCGGAGGACGCGGAUUGGCGAAUAAGGAGAAUUUUGAGACGGUUCUCCAACCUCUAUGUGACAAGAUGGGUGCUGCUAUGGGCGCUUCUCGCGCUGCAGUUGACGCAGGCUACGUACCGAAUGAAAUGCAGGUAUGAGCAGAAGAAAGUGUUAUUUUGAACACAACUAAACGUAAAACUAGUAGAAGUACUGAGCACGCUAAUAUAAAAACUUCUAGUUCUACAUUGUAUAUAAAAUUGGUAAGCGACAGUGCAGCUUUAUCUUUCCAAUGAUUCCAGGUGGGACAGACCGGUAAAGUCGUGGCACCUGAUUGCUACGUUGCUGUCGGACUCUCUGGCGCGAUCCAACAUUUAGCUGGCAUGAAGGAUUCUAAGUUAAGGAAAUAAAUACUCGAUGAAAACUGAAAAUAUCCGAGUUACUAACUGAAAUAUGGCAGGAGGUAGCUUUAGAGGGCUACUCUUCUUUGUUCAGCAUCUCGGUUAUUCUGGUCAGUUACUUGCUUAUUUCAGUUUAUCGAAUACUUGUUCUACUUUUGUCUUACUCCUACAAGAACUCUUCCAUCUUCAAGAUAAGGUGAAGUUGUAACUUCCAUCUUCAAGAUAAGGUGAAGUUGUAAGAAGUCAUGUUCACCCGCAAGUGUAAGGUGGUCUUCUAGAUGAUUAGCCGAACAUAAUGUUGACUGAUGUGGGGAAUUAGGCGUGGUUGGCCUGUUCUCUACUUAUAUAUGGAUAUUAACGAAAAACUGUACCACCUCCUAGAACAAAUAACUUGUGGAACUCUCCGCACCGUCUUAAAACCGUUUUCCCUUCCGUCCCCAUUAUUUCUACUUUUUCUAAGAAAGACAAUUGUAGCACUUAAUAAGGAUGCGGAUGCUCCCAUCUUUUCGAUCGCGGAUUACGGACUAGUAUGCGAUCUGUUCGAAGCAGUGCCGGAAAUGACAAAGAAGCUGUAGGAAAUGGUGCCGAAGAAGGUAGUAGAGGAAAAAUGAGGAAGAUGAAAGACUUCUAAGAAUUAUCCAAUUAACAACACCUCUUGCCAGGCAUAUCAAUCACAUAAAUCAAUCCAUUCUUUUUGUUAUUGCUGUUCGCAGCAGAGCAAGACUAUCAAGGAGUUGCAUGUUUGAGUUAAGUAGCUAAGAUUUUUUCACGACAAAUCGUACGAAGAGGAGUCUAGCACUACGACUUCCUCAAGGCGAGCUCAGGACGAGGUCGAGGUCAGGAGCGCUGGGCGGUGGUCAUACAUGACUGAUCUUCAUCGAAGAUCUUAAAAUGGAAAGCGAACAAGAAUAAAAUCGAGGUUAAUUAGACUGACGAUGCCCUCAACCUCAUCCGCCAGGAUGAAUCAUGUGCAGAGAAUAUCCUCCUGACUCUUGAACUGAAUGAUUGCUCGAAGUUAAAAAGUCCUACGAGGACUACGAAAUGUGCAGAGGAU